AUGAUUCCUGAUUCACGUCUCAUACCUGGAAGUGUAAAGGCCUUGGUGUUCGACUGCGAUGGAACUCUUGUUGAUACGAUGCCGAUCCACUGGAGAGCAUGGUGCAAAAUAUGCAACGAAACUGGUCUUGUCUUUCGCAAGAAAGACUUUUAUACUCUAGCGGGUGUGCCCGGUAAAAAAAUUAUCAAUGUCCUGGCAAAGCAGCAAGGAAUCAAGCUAGAUCCAUGCGCUAUUUACGACCAGAAAAGGAAAUACUUUCUAGAAGGACUAACGUCUGUUACAGCGAUCCAGUGUGUUGUUCGAUUCGCUCAAGAAGCCCAUAAAGUGGGAAUUCCAACCGCCGUUGCUUCGGGAAGUUCGCGCGCCCAAGUGCAGAAAGGUAAGGGAUCGAUAAGUUUGAGCUUGGUGUUUUAA